AUGGUUCAACUUACCACCGCCAUUCUUGCUGCCACCGCUGUGGCCCCUGCGUUCUCUGCUCCAACGCCGUUCGAGCAGGAAGCCGCCCUCGACGCCCGCGACCCCAAAUUCAGCUUCGGCAAGCUCCUCAAAGGUGCAGGCAAGGUUGUCAAGACCUUCAUCUGUGAGGAAGAGCCCUCACUCGAGGCCCGCGACUAUGACAACGUCAUGGACCUUGAUGCCUGCAACCCCAAGUUCUCCUUUGGCAAGAUCCUCAGAGGUGCUGGGAAGGUCGCCAGCCACUUCAUCCACGAGGACACAGAUGGAAACCUGUACUACGUUUGCGAACUUGACGGCGAGGACCUCGAUGCUCAUGACCCCAAGUCCUCCUUUGGCAAGAUAUUGAGAGGAGCUGGAAAGGUCGCUAGCCACUUUAUUUGCAAGGAUGAGCUUGAAGAGCUGGCAGUGCACGAUCUAAAGUUUUCCUUCCGAAAGAUUAUCAGAGGUGCCAGGAAGGUCGCCAGCCACUUCAUUCGCGAGGACACAGACGGAAACCUCUACUACGUCCGAGAACUCGAUGGCGAGGACCUCGACGCCCGCGACCCCAAGUUCUCCUUUGGUAAGAUACUGAGAGGAGCUGGAAAGGUCGCUAGCCACUUCAUCCGUGAGGACGAGGGCGAGAUGUAUGCACGAGAAUUCAGCUACCCCGAGUACAAUGAGCUUGAUUAA